CCGUCGGACAUCAUGCAGGGCGCGCUCGGCGACUGCUGGCUCUUGUGCGCUUUGAGCGCCGUCGCCGAGUUCCCGGGCUUCGUCGAGGAGGCGCUAUUUGAAACGAAGGCGCCGACGGCCGACGGCCGCUACAGCCUCCGGCUCUACGACGCGAAGCUCGGCGACUUCGCGUCCGUCGUCGUCGACGACCUCGUGCCCUGCGGCCCCAAGAAGUGGUGGGAGGCGCCGCGGCCCCUCUUCAGCCAGCCCCACGGCAACGAGAUGUACAUCCUGCUCAUCGAGAAGGCCUUCGCGAAGCUCGCGGGGUCCUACGGGAAGCUGUCGGGCGGC